UUCCUAGAAUACAUGUAUAUUUUUCGUGCUUGUUGAGCGUCGCCUGGAGAUCCGAAGACAUCGGACGACAAUGAACAACGCUCGUGACCAUCCCGUGUUCAAGCGCUUGUCACGUCAGCAAUUGAUCGUGCGUCGUCGCAGUCUCGGGCUGCAGCCGCUGGUUCUGGAUCCGACGUUUGCCAGCUCCCGGAAGACGCGAUGCAAACACUGCGAACGGCGGUUCAACCCCGUCUGGAAGAAUUAUUUGUGUCACUUAUGCGGCCGAUGGGUAUGCGAGCCUUGCUCGAGUGUCGUCGAGAGGGAACGUGAGCUGCUUCUCGUUCGAUUCGUGCGCUGCUGCGUCACGUGCACCAAAAUGAUCAACAAACUGCCCGACCCGGAGAUGCUGCUGCCAUGUCUAACAGUGCCGUACGUCACUACCAGCUCCAAUAGCCAACUUGGACUGCAUCUGGCCGACGUAUUACGCACCAAAAAGGACCUACGACCCACAGUUCUGCAACUAUUGAGCUUCCUUGGACGACCUAUUGGUACAAACGCCCAGAUUUUGGAGGAAAUCCGUGAAGAAGAUUGGGCUGCAGCCACCGAGUUGGUCUCCAGUAAUCUCGCGCUCGGGGCACCUGCUAGCAGAAGCAAUAGCGGCCAGCAAAAACGUCGAGAGAAACGUCGCAAUGGGGACAGUGGAGUGAAGCCUGGGAACCCCGAGUGGGUGCAGUUCCUGGUCCAACAAUGCUUCGAAGUGUCAUUAACUGAACUCCCUCUGGAAGAGUGUGUGAUCUCCGAAUCGGACGGAACGAGGCAGUAUCCGAUCUUCUACGAUGAAGAGACCGACGUGCCGUACGCCCCCACGUUUCCUAACGAAGCUGUUCGAGAUGAAUGCAUCGCCAAGUGUAAUUUACUAGGACGUGGUAUUGCAGCGCAGAAAGAGGUGCAGUUGAUUUGCCAUCUCGCUGCCAAAGAGUUCGACGCGCACGUUGCAACUGUCGCUGCGGUGCAAGCUGAUAAGCACUACACGCUGGCAAGUAUCAACAAACCCAUGUGCCAAAUCAUCGACCGCGCCAAGAGUUUUUGCGCGCAUGCGAUGGUCUCUGGACUGCCAUUUCUCGCAAGGAAUACGAUGCUCGACGUGCGAUUCAGAACGUUCGCCUGCGUAUUAGGAGACACUGACGGUGCAGCGAAUCGUGUUCUAUUCUACUGUGGGUUUCCUAUUACUGCAGCAAACACUGACACAGUCAUUGCCAUGCUAUGCGUCAUGGACUCGAAGCCUAGGAAGAGCAUCACGACAAUGCAGUACACUGUCAUGAAGAAGCUAGCUGAGAUAUUGUCCUCUCUAUGGGUGAUUAAGGCUGAAUAAUCAGUGUAUUCGACUCCUUGA